GCUACCAUAGGUAACAAGCGUCAAACGCAUUUGGGCGCGGCACCGCGUUCACUGUACCAGCUAUCUGCGCUUGGUACGUAAACAGAGUAUCACAACUUUUGUCCUGAUUGCAACAAACCAAGAGAGUCGCAGGGCUUUAUUUUCAAAAUUCAAUCCUGGUGAUUACUUGGGGGACAGUAUGGCUGAUAACGAACUCGCUAACCGUCUUCAGAAUCGGAUUGCAGUCGAAGAAGGGAAAGAUGUGGAUAAGAAGAUGAGAGAUUAUCGAGAUCCGCACGAGGAGUUUGCGCAUCCCUACCCAGAGUUUAGCGAGUUUACACGAGAACAAUGCGCUAUGUAUGAAGAUAUGUUCGCACAGUACGAUGAGAACAAAGAUGACUUUCUGUGUUACGACGAGCUGAAGGCCAUGAUGGAGAAACGAGGUCAACCACUGACCCACCUUGAACUCAAAAAACUCAUCGUAACAUUGGAUGAGGAUCAAGAUGGAAAAUUCAACUUUAGAGAGUUCAUGCUGAUGUGGAUUAAGUGUCUGAAGGACGAGAUGCCUGAAGGGACAGGAUACACCAAGAUUGUGGCCACCAAUGAGAUCGUCUUGGCUAAGCCUGCUUCUGUUGAUAAGGCGGGAGUAGGAGGAGCUAAGAAACUCUUCGAAACCAAGGCUCGAGCGGGGGAUGAUAAACAAAACUUGGAUGAUGAGAUAGUUUCGGAGCAGAGGAAAGAGUACGAGAGGAAGAGGCAGGCAAAGAGAGAUAAGGAAGCAGCGGCGGCCAAGAAAGCAGCAUUUGCUAACCGUGGCGCCAUGUUUAAUAAUUAGAUGAGUCUCCAUGGCAACUAAGCAGCAAUCUGGAACAAUUUUUAUCAUCCAAUAAAACAACUGGUCCGUCUUUCUCUUUUCAAUGAGAUACACUUUCACAACUACAAUAUUUUUUUUGUAAUGCUUCAUCUUUCGUACACGUGGACAUUUAUUUCAAAAAUAAUAAUUGAUCUGGCUCCAUAUUAAAUGAGAAAUAAGUUGACUAUAAUUCACAAAUGAUUAUCUAACUUUCAGAUUAGCAUUUUCGAUCAGACACAAGGCAUCCUUAAAUUCAUUUACAUCUAAAAGUUGUUACGAUUGUUUAUUUAAUAUUGGAUUUGUUUGAAUGGGUUGAAAUUUAGUGAUUUGAGUUUUUCAAUCUCUCUCAAAUGAAAUUUGCUAAAUGUACAGCUUGCAAAUAUUAUGGUCAUCAUCCUUAUAAGCAUUUUAAGCUGACUAAAGACUGGCUAAAGGAGUAAUAUUACUAGAGAUCACGAAGCCUUUAAGAAAUCAAAGAGAUUACCAAAUUGAAACCAACAUUCGAUAUCAUUAUAAAGGAGCUAAAUUACUAGUCAUGCAUGCAAAUAUUUAUAUUUUGUAAAACCAAGUAUUUUAUCAGGCGGGUGGGUUUGUUCGUUUUUUUCUCUCCAAGAUUUUUAUUAUUAGUGGACCGAAAAUACAUACGAUAACAAUUACAUUUUGAGCAUAAUAAAACUAGGGGAAACAUCUAAAGCUAAAGCACUGAUGCUACAUUUGAGACAUAAUUCCUGAUUAAAAUGA